GUUCAGGACAUCUUCAACGCCUUCAUCAAGCAGAACCCGGUGCUGGUCCACCAGCUGCCCUGCUUCUGGAACGUCCAGCUGUCUGAUCACACUCGCUCCGAGCAGUGUUACACCGAGGUGUCCGACCUCAAGGUGAUCCACUGGAACUCUCCGAAGAAGCUCCGCGUGAAGAACAAACACGUGGAGUUUUUCAGGAACCUUUAUCUGACCUUCCUGGAGUACGACGGAAACCUGCUGAGGCGAGAGCUGUUCGGCUGCCCGAGUCAGGCCGGUCCGCAGAGCGUCCAGCUGCAGACGGCUCUGGAGGAGCUGGACGAGGACGAUCAGUGCUACGACUUCCGGCGAGAGCGUCUCACCGUUCACCGCGUGCACCUCUACUUCCUGCAGUACGAGUACACGCCUGCGGAGGACGACACUGACAUCACGCUGGUGGCUCAGCUCUCCAUGGACAGGCUGCAGAUGCUGGAGGCCAUCUGUAAACACUGGGAAGGUCCCAUCAGCCUGGCGCUCUACAUGUCCGACGCUGAAGCUCAGCAGUUCCUGCGCUACGCUCAGGCCUCCGAGGUCCUCAAGAACCGCAAAAAUGUCGGCUACCACAUCGUCUACAAGGAGGGACAGUUCUACCCGGUCAACCUGGUGAGGAACGUGGCGCUGAAGAACGCCAACACGCCGUACGUGUUCCUGACUGACGUGGACUUCCUGCCGAUGUACGGUCUCUACGAUUACCUCAGGAAGUCCGUGGUGCAGCUGGACAUGGCUCACACUAAGAAGGCUCUGGUCGUUCCUGCGUUCGAGACUCUUCGUUACCGUUUGUCCUUCCCUAAAUCCAAAGCUGAGCUGCUCUCCAUGCUGGACAUGGGGACUCUCUACACCUUCAGGUAUCACGUGUGGCCCAAAGGUCACGCUCCUACCAACUAUGCCAAAUGGCGAACAGCCACCACCCCUUACAAGGUGGAGUGGGAGCCGGACUUUGAACCGUACGUGGUGGUGAGACGAGACUGUCCGGAGUACGACCAGCGGUUUGUGGGCUUCGGCUGGAACAAGGUGUCGCACAUCAUGGAGCUGGAUGCACAGGAGUACGACCUGAUGGUCCUUCCCAACGCCUUCAUGAUCCACAUGCCUCACGCUCCGAGCUUCGACAUCUCCAAGUUCCGCUCCAGCUCCAGUUACCGCAACUGUCUGAACACUCUGAAGGACGAGUUCCACCAGGACCUGUCCAGGAAGUACGGCUCGGCCGCUCUCAAGUAUCUCACCGCCCAGAGGAACAUCUGAGAGCCG